AUGUCGGGCUGGUCGCGCUCGGCGAAGCCGUCGUGGGUUCGUAGGUCGACGGGCGCUUCGUCGGAAGGUACAUUGGGGUCGUCGGCUCGUAUGUCGGGCUGGUCGCGCUCGGCGAAGCCGUCGUGGGUUCGUAGGUCGACGGGCGCUUCGUCGGAAGGUACAUUGGGGUCGUCGGCUCGUAUGUCGGGCUGCUCGUGCUCGGCGAAGCCGUCGUGGGUUCGUAGGUCGACGGGCGCUUCGUCGGAAGGUACAUUGGGGUCGUCGGCUCGUAUGUCGGGCUGGUCGCGCUCGGCGAAGCCGUCGUGGGUUCGUAGGUCGACGGGCGCUUCGUCGGAAGGUACAUUGGGGUCGUCGGCUCGUAUGUCGGGCUGCUCGUGCUCGGCGAAGCCGUCGUGGGUUCGUAGGUCGACGGGCGCUUCGUCGGAAGGUACAGCGACGCCGUCGGCUCGUAUGUCGGGCUGGUCGCGCUCGGCGAAGCCGUCGUGGGUUCGUAGGUCGACGGGCGCUUCGUCGGAAGGUACAGCGACGCCGUCGGCUCGUAUGUCGGGCUGGUCGCGCUCGGCGGAGCCGUCGUGGGUUCGUAGGUCGACGGGCGCUUCGUCGGAAGGUACAGCGACGCCGUCGGCUCGUAUGUCGGGCUGGUCGUGCUCGGCGAAGCCGUCGUGGGUUCGUAGGUCGACGGGCGCUUCGUCGGAAGGUACAUUGGGGUUGACGUCUUGGGGACUGUGGUAG